CUAUGAAGGAUGAACGGCACAGAUUUCAUUAUAUUGAACAUUCGAUGGUGAAGAGGAACCAUUCGGCUCUCCCGGCCCAGAUCCAUGAAAAAGCCCAUCGCUUAUUAAAUUACGGGCUUAACUGACAUUCUCAUCUCCUGACGUGACGGCGGAUCAUCCCCACUGCUGCCGGAAGCAGGUGGCUCGGCACUCGAUGUUCCCUGAGUUCCCCUCGCCAGUCUAAUACGUUUUUGCAAAUACCCCUAUAAAUGCGAAAACACAGUAACAAAAGUGGGAAUCCUUUGCUAGGGUUUUUAGCUAAUCUGGUGCUUGGUGGAGCGAAACACAGAGCAAUUCAACCAUAGCAGCGCUUUAAUUCUAUCUUUAUCUUCUUCUCAAAACAGAGGUGCUUCCAUGGACCGCUUGCGUCCUCGGAACAGACCGGUCUUUUUUGGAUUCACCAAUGCUGAGAUUGAGAAAAUGGAAAAAUUGCUUAAAGAUUCAGGGGAAGAAUCACUGGGCAAGGAGUUUUGCCAAAGACUUACUAAAAGUUUUAACCGCUCCUCUGGUCGCGCUGGCAAACCAGUCAUAAAAUGGACUGAGAUACAGAGUUGGUUUCAGACAAGGCUUCCAGAACCACCCGAAGUCCCCAAAAACAAGUUGACUCAUACAAAUGGUCUUGUAAGUAAGGAAGGAAUUAUCCGAGACCCAUCAGAGUUGGAAUUUGAGGCAAGAUCAUCAAAAGAUGGAGCAUGGUAUGAUGUUGAGAAGUUUCUUGCCCACAGAUUUCUCAGCACAGGUGAAGCUGAAGUCCGUGUCAGAUUUGUUGGAUUUGGAGCUGAGGAAGAUGAGUGGGUCAAUAUAAAAGAUGCAGUGAGAGAACGCUCGGUGCCUUUAGAAAAUACUGAAUGUUCCAACCUAAAAGUUGGAGACCCUGUCUUGUGCUUCCAGGAGAGGAGAGAUCAAGCAAUUUAUUAUGAUGCCCAUGUUUUAGAGAUCCAAAGGAAAAUGCAUGAUAUCAGAGGCUGCAGGUGUCUCUUCUUGAUUCGGUAUGAUCAUGACAACAGUGAGGAAAAAGUUCGCCUGAGGAGACUUUGCCGCAGUCCAAGAUCCUAGGUUUAAAUUCUUGUCCAAAAAAGAGAAAAUUCUAGGUUUACAUGGUAUUAAUCAAUUUUUGAAAUUCAGCUGCGUGGCCUCAGCCUUUGGGCUUCCGCAACGAGCCUGAUACGCGGCGAGAAUCAGCAUGCGGCUGAAAAUACCUGUGUUUCGGCUUGUUCAUAUAACUUUAAUUGCUGAAACAUGGAAUUUUGUUCACUUGUUGGGCGCCGUGGAAUAGGUGCUUAAGCCAUCAGUUUAAUUUGCGGAUCAGCGAUUAA